UUAUGUUUAUGUGGCGUCACAUCCGGUUUUAAAAACAAUGGCGGCCUCCGAGAGAGUAGACGUGUAUGAUUCUGUGAGUGAGAGAAAGGGGAAGAAGAAUAAAAAUACAGAUGACAGUGAUUUGCUGAUGGUGCCAGAUGGGUGGGUGGAGCCUGCUUUCACUAGGGAUGAUAACCCACGUGGCCUGCUGGAGGAGAGCAGCUUCGCCACAUUGUUCCCCAAAUACAGAGAGACUUACCUGAGGGAGUGCUGGCCUCUAGUGCAGAAAGCUCUCAGUGACAUUUUCAUCAAUGCCAGUUUAGAUCUAAUUGAAGGGAGCAUCACAGUCAGCACCACAAAGAAAACCUUCGACCCGUACGCCAUCCUCCGAGCCCGUGACCUCAUCAAACUGCUGUCCCGAAGUGUUCCCUUCGACCAGGCGGUGCGAAUCCUGCAAGACGACAUGGCGUGUGAUAUUAUAAAGAUCGGGACAAUGGUGCGGAACAGAGAACGCUUCGUAAAACGCAGACAGAGGCUCAUCGGACCUAAAGGAUCCACACUGAAGGCUCUGGAGCUGCUUACAAACUGUUAUGUGAUGGUACAAGGGAACACUGUGUCUGCUCUCGGUCCCUACGGUGGUCUAAAGGAGGUGCGUAAGGUGGUGUUGGACACGAUGAAGAACAUUCACCCUAUUUACAACAUAAAGAUGCUGAUGAUAAAGCGUGAGUUAGCGAGUGACCCGGAGCUCCGCUCUCAGAGCUGGGAUCGUUUCCUCCCCAACUUUAAACACAAACACAUCAACAAACGACAACAAACAACAAGGAAGAAGGUCAAGAAGGAGUACACACCAUUCCCCCCGCCUCAACCUGAGAGCAAGGUGGACCGGGAACUCGCUAGUGGGGAAUUUUUCCUGCGUGAGAGAGAAAAGAGGAGAAAGAAGAUGACUGAGAUCAAGGUGAAACAGGCCGAAGUUCUGAGCAGGAAACAAGAAGAGAGAAAGAAAGCGUUCAUUCCUCCAAAAGAGAAAAAAAUCAUCAAAAAGUGCAACAAAGCUCCUGUAAAAGACAAACUGGACAUCGAGGCCAUUAAAGAUAAAGUGAAGAAAGCAAAGAACAAGAAACUGGGAGCUCCUGCAGUGAACCAAAGCACACUGCCUCCUACAGGCCACAGCAAGAAGAACAAGAUGAGGAAAAGCUAAUGAGACUUGCACAUGGACUGUGUGUGUGUGUGUGUCUGUGUGAGUGUAUUUGUAAUAAAGACGAUACUGAAACAG